AUUAAGGAGUCAAGCUCAGGCAGAACAAAUCUCCUGUUUUUUCGAUUCAGUCUUUAUCUGCAUGAUUUUUGCAUUUUACCGUAAAGACGGUGUAACAGAUUAAUCGAGGCCUGGUUUUGUAAAUGAAUCGAAUGCGGAACAAUGGCGGACGCAUUCAGGUUUAGCCUCACUGUAAUUGCAUCCAUUGUUAUCUUCUGUGCCCCCGGUCGAAUUUCCGGGCGAAUUAGUUAUUCGAUUGCCGAGGAAAUGGAAAAAGGGACAUUUGUUGGGAAUAUCGCUCAAGAUUUGGGAUUGAAUGUACGGCAGUUAUCCGCUCGCAAAUUUCGUCUCAGCUCUGAUGACGGAGGCCGGUACAUGAAGGUUAGUUUGGAAAAUCCGGUUUUGUCUAUUCAUGAAAGAAUUGACCGGGAACGUCUUUGUGGGAAAUCAGAUAUGUGUAGUAUACCCUUUGAAAUAAUACUCGAAAAUCCCUUGGAGGUGCAUCGCGGAGAGCUAGUGAUUUAUGAUGUCAAUGACAACUCGCCUACGUUCCGGGAGAGCAGUAUUCCGUUGCAGAUAUCUGAAGCCAUUCCUCCAGGAGUACGGUUCCGUCUCGAGAGCGCGGAAGACCCCGACAUUGGAAUAAAUACAGUGGCCGACUACGCAAUCAGUUCGAGUGAGUACUUUAAUCUUGAGACACGGAGAACCGAGGAGGGUAUUAUAAUUGCUGAGCUGGUGUUAGAGAAAUCCUUGGACCGAGAGUUGCAGUCAUUCUUUCAGCUAGUGCUUACUGCUACGGACGGAGGAAUCCCUCAGAGAACCGGAACAGCUCAGAUUCUAAUUACUGUAUUGGACAUUAAUGAUAAUCCACCUGUAUUCGAGCAUGAUGUUUACAGGCGCAGCAUAAAGGAAAAUGCACCACAAGGUACUGUAGUGAUGACAGUUAGCGCAACGGAUUUCGACGAAGGGCUGAAUGCUAAGUUGUCGUAUUCUUUUAGUGGAGUAUCCUCACAAAGAGUGCAUGGUGUGUUCAGUUUGGUUCCGGAGACUGGGGAGAUUCUAGUUGAAGGGCCUCUAGAUUUUGAAGAAAUAAACAGCUAUUCACUUGAUAUUCAAGCUGUUGAUCACGGGUCUCCUGCGAUUACAGGACAUUCCAAAGUACUGAUUAAAGUUAUUGACGUAAACGACAACGCACCCGAGAUAAAAGUGAAGUCAUUGACGAACCAUAUCCCAGAAAAUGCUCCACCAGGAACUUUAAUCACAUUGAUUGAUGUUGUUGAUCGUGAUUCUGGAGAGAACGGUCAAGAGCGCUGCGAAAUACCACAGAACGUCCCGUUUAUGCUGCAAACAUCGUCUAAUCAUUAUAAAUUAAUUACAAGUGCAAUGCUGGACCGUGAAACGAUGUCUGAGUAUAAAAUACUUGUUUCAGCCUGGGAUUUGGGGUUACCUUCAAUGUCAACGAAUAAAACCAUCCAUAUUGCAGUUACCGAUAUAAACGAUAACGCCCCACGCUUCGCUCAUCUGUCCUACAACGUAUAUCUGUCUGAAAAUAAUGCCCCUCACGCAUCCAUCUUCACAUUAACUGCAUCUGAUCCUGAUCUGGAACAGAAUUCCUAUGUUUCUUACUCUAUUCUGGAUAAUCACAUCAAAAACCUGCCAGUGUCCUCAUACCUCAGCAUUAACUCUAUGAACGGUACGAUUUACACAAUGCGCUCCUUUGAUUAUGAGGAACUCCAAAACUUUCAGAUCCACGUUCAAGCCCGUGACGCUGGAGUGCCCCCGCUGAGCAGUACCGCAACAGUUAAUGUGAUCAUCCUGGAUCAAAAUGACAACGCUCCAGUAAUUGUUUCACCUUCUGGACAGAGUGGAUCAUCGGCCAUGAUGCUCUUGCCCCAGACAGCGAGCCAAGGGUACUUAGUCUCUAAGAUAUUGGCUACUGAUGCAGAUUCAGGUCAGAAUGCACGGCUCGUUUACCAAAUGCUGAAAACUACCGAUCCCAGUUUGUUUAUCGUUGGGAAGACUUCUGGCGAAAUCAGAACUGCGCGGAAUAUCUUGGAGUCGGAUCCGAUCACUCAAAGUUUGGAUAUUCUGGUAAAAGACAACGGGCAGCCAAAUCUAUCCAGCACGGUUAAGAUUCACAUUACAAUUUUGCAGAACAGCACCGAAACUGUCACCGAAAGUGGUAAUUCAAUAGGGAGACCCGAAUAUUCCUCGGAUAUAAAUGUUUAUUUAUUGGUUAUUUUCAGUUGCACUUCCAUUGUCUUUCUUCUCAUUAUCAUUCUGCUGAUUGGCAUCAAAUGUAAACAGGAUAGAAAUAUCACCCAAGAGUUUACUUCCCCCAGUUAUUGUUUCAAACCUGGAGAAUUGCACGGCACGAUUAAUCGAAGAUCUGCCUUGGAGGAAACUUUACGCUAUCCUGGUACUGAUCAGUUAGUCCGCAUGCCAGGACUGCCACAGUAUUCGGUCUGUCUGUCACCAGAAUCAGCAAAAAGCGAUUUCCUUUUCUUGAAGCCUUGCGGUCCUCCCACCUCUCAGGCUCAAUGCUGUUCGUGUGGACAGAUCAUUCAGAGAAGGAAGUCUGAUAAUCGGAGCGGGAGUGCGGCGAAAGCCAUUUUGAAUGUUUCGUUUGUCAUCCGAGUUGAGAGGCGGGACUGCGCAGUAUGGCCAUUACUCUGGUAUAAUCGAGCAGAGGUCUGUUUCUGGGAAAUAUCUCUGUGCAGAACAAUGGCGGGUUCGGCGAUCAAAAGCGACAUUGUUUUCAAGAGCUAUGCGAUUCUGAUUCUGGUACGUACACCGAAUUUGAUUUGUGGGCAUAUUCGCUAUGCCAUUAGCGAAGAAUUGGAGAGUGGGGCUAUUGUCGGGAAUGUCGCUCAUGAUUUAGGUUUGACUGUACCGCAAUUGGCCGGUAGUAAAUUUCAACUAACCUCCGAGAACGGUGGACAAUAUAUGGAGCUUAAUUUGGAGAAUGGGAUAUUAUCUGUUCGUGAAAGAAUCGACAGGGAACAAAUAUGUGGACACGCAAACCUGUGUAGCAUUCCUUUCAAAAUUGUGCUGAAAAAUCCUUUGGCGGUUUAUCGUGGGGAAGUGGAAAUUCUGGAUAUAAAUGAUAAUUCCCCGACAUUCCCUGAGAACACCGUUGCUUUACAGAUAGCGGAAGCAAUUGCACCGGGGGUACGUUUCCCUCUCGAGAGUGCGAAAGAUCCAGAUGUUGGAUUAAAUACGGUCGCCGACUACACAAUUAAUUCCAACGAAUAUUUUAGUCUGAAGACACAGAAAACGGAAGGCGAAUUUAUAACUGCCGAAUUGGUACUAGAGAAGUAUUUAGAUAGAGAGUUACAGUCAUCCAUUCGAAUUGUCCUGACGGCGACUGAUGCCGGAACUCCUCGACGAUCUGGCAUAGCUGAGAUUUUCAUUACGGUUGUGGACAUCAAUGACAAUCCACCUGCAUUCGACCACAACGUUUACAGGAGCAGCUUAACUGAAAACGUACCCCUGGGUACCUUCGUCAUAAAAUUACAAGCAACUGAUGUGGACGAAGGUUUGAAUGCUGAGCUAACAUAUUCUUUCAGCAAGAUAACUUCACCAAAACUACGCGAGUUGUUCAGUUUAGAUUCCCAGACGGGGGAGAUUCGAGUUGAAGGAGAGCUAGAUUUUGAGGAAGAAAGCAGUUAUUCUCUGAAUGUUCAAGCUGUGGACCAUGGUUCGCCUCCAUUCAUAGGACGCGCCAAAGUGUUUAUUAACUUAGUUGAUAUAAAUGACAAUGCACCCGAAAUAGAAGUGUCAUCAGUUGUGAGCAGAAUUCCAGAAAAUACUCCGCCUGGAACUUUAAUAACUUUGCUUAAUGUUAUUGAUCGAGAUUCUGGAGAAAACGGUGAAGUGAAGUGCGAGAUUCCAAAGAACGUCCCCUUUAGACUUCAAAAGUCGUCGAAGAAUAAUUAUGAGUUGAUUACUUGCGAACCAUUGGACCGCGAAGUGGUGUCCGAGUAUAAGAUACCUAUCGAAGCCUGGGACUUGGGUUCCCCCUCACUGUCAAGCAAUGCAAUCAUUCAUAUUAUACUGUCAGAUGUGAAUGAUAAUACGCCGCAAUUUGCUGAACCCUCCUACAAUGUAUACGUGAUGGAAAACAACGAGCCGGGCGCUUCUGUAUUUGCAGUAUCUGCUUCCGAUCCUGAUCAGGACCAGAAUUCUUACGUUUCUUACUCCUUUCUCAACUUUAUGCAAGACUUUCCACUAUCCAGUUCCCUCAGUAUUAACUCCAUGAACGGCACAAUUUACGCACUGCGCUCCUUUGACUACGAGAAAUUUAAGUACUUCCAGAUCCACGUUCAAGCACGUGACGGUGGAGUGCCCCCGCUGAGCAGCACGGCUACAGUGAAUGUGAUUAUUCUAGAUCAGAAUGACAAUGCUCCGGCAAUUGUUUCACCUCCAGGACAGGAAGAAUCCGAUUUGGUAGAGAUCCUGCCCCUGUCAGCUGGUCAAGGGCACUUGGUCGCCAAAAUAUUGGCAACUGACGCAGAUUCUGGACAGAACGCGCGGCUUUCUUAUCAACUGCAGAGAUCUACCGAUCCUACUUUAUUCAAUAUUGAUAAAAAUUCCGGUGAAGUCCGAACAGCUCGCAUUAUUUUAGAGUCUGAUUCCUCCACGCAAACUCUCGUGAUCUUGGUGAAAGACAAUGGACAACCGAGCCUCUCCACCACGGUUACUAUGCUGAUUACAAUUCUGGAAAAUAUCACUGAAAGGAUUCCUGAAAGUAGCACUUCAGCGAAGAAUCCUGGGAAUUUUACUGAUCCGAUUACACUUCUGAUCGUAAUCUUCGGUUGCACUUCCGUUCUGUUUCUUUUGAUCAUCAUUUUCCUUAUUAGCAUCAAAUGCAGGCAGAGCAGAAAUAUUAACCAAGAGUAUAAUUCUCCCAACUGUUACAAACGUAGGCAGUCUCAAACUACGUUUAAUCGAAGGUCUGCAUUGGAAGAAACUUUGCGCUAUCCUGGAACCUGCCAUAUCGUUCGCGAUUCAACAGCGCAACACUACUCGGUUGCUCUGUCUCCAGAAUCAAUGAAGAGCGACUUCCUCUUUUUGAAGCCAUGCACUGCUCCCACGACUCAAGCUCUGCGUUCCUUUGUCCCUCGUCCAAGGCUCUGGGUUCCUAUCUCCCAAGAUUACCAGGUCUCUGUGUUCUGCGUUCCUGACUCCAAGAUUGCCAAGGCUCAGUGUUCUGCGUUCCUGUCACGCAAGAUUGCAAGUCCAAGUCUCAGCUUCGUGUUCUCAUCCAGUUCUGGUCCCGCAUCCUGCCCAGGAUUCCAGCAAACCGAGAUUUGGCAGACAAUUGAAAAUAAAAUAAUGGCGAAUUCGGUGCUCGAUAACGUCAUUGCUUUCCGGAAGAUUGCUUUCAUGAUUCUGGGAUGUAUAACUGGUCAGAUUUACGGACAGAUUCGUUAUACCAUUCCCGAAGAAAUGGAGAUGGGAGAUUUUGUUGGAAAUAUCGCUGAAGAUUUGAUUUUAAAUAUACCAGAACUAACGGCUCGAAAAGCUCGGCUAACCUCUGAUAUUGGCGGACAGUACAUGACGGUAAAUGUAGAUAAUGGGAUUUUGUCCAUUCGUGAAAGAAUGGACAGGGAGGUUCUUUGUGGGACAGUAAGUGUGUGCACUAUUCCUUUUGAAAUAAUACUGGAAAAUCCUUUGGCGGUGUAUCGCGGGGAUGUGGAGAUUCUUGAUAUAAAUGAUAAUGCCCCCAUAUUCCGGGACAGCAUCAUUGCCUUGGAGAUAUCAGAAGCGGUUACACCUGGAGCACAAUUCCCGCUAGAGAGCGCAGAAGAUCCGGAUGUUGGAUUAAAUACAGUUGUUUCGUACACAAUCAGUUCCAAUGAAUACUUUAGUAUAAAAUCGCAGCGAACUGAGUAUGGAGUUGUAAAUGCCGAGUUGCAGUUACAAAAACCAUUAGACAGAGAGCUGAAGUCAGCUUUUCAGCAGGUCCUAACGGCGAUUGAUGGUGGGAUACCAAACAAAUCCGGUAUAGCUCAAAUCCUCAUUACAGUGGUGGACUUCAACGAUAACCCACCAGUAUUUGAACGUGAAGUUUAUAAGGGAAGCAUAAAGGAAAAUUCCCCCCAAGGUACGUUGGUGCUGACAGUCAAAGCAACUGAUUUGGACGAAGGUUUGAAUGCUGAGCUAACAUAUUCUUUUAGCAAGUUAGCUUCUCCGAGAAUUCCGGAGUUGUUCAGUUUACACCCUCAUACGGGGGAGAUUCGGGUGGAAGGAGAGCUAGAUUUUGAAGGAGUGAACAGUUAUACCCUGAAUGUCCAAGCUUUGGACCAUGGAUCACCUGCAAUGGGAGGACGCACCACGGUGAUAAUCAGAGUAAUUGAUGUAAACGACAACGCACCAGAGAUAAAAGUUGAAUCAAUUACCAGCAAAAUUGUGGAAAAUGCUCCACUUGGAACUUUGGUAACGCUGAUCAACGUCAUUGACCGCGAUUCUGGAGAAAAUGGACGCGUUCACUGUGACACUCUAACGAAUGUCCCCUUCACACUUCGAAAGUCAUCAAAUAAUCAUUAUGAGUUAAUUACUAAUGGACCUUUGGACCGUGAAACUAUGGCUGAAUAUAAAAUAGUUAUAACAUUUCGAGACUUAGCAACACCUUCACUGUCCACAAAUAAAACCAUCACUGUUGUAAUUUCAGACGUGAAUGAUAACGCACCACGGUUUGCUCUAUCAUCGUACAAUAUAUAUGUAACGGAGAAUAAUUCCCCGGGCACCUCUGUUUUCGCUGUGACUGCAAAUGAUCUCGAUAUGGGCCAGAAUUCUUAUGUAUCUUACUCUUUCCUCGGGAAACUUAAUCAAGAUUUUUUAGUAAGUAAUUACCUCAGUAUUAACUCUAUGAAUGGUACAAUUUACACACUGCGCUCGUUUGACUAUGAACAACUGAAAACCUUCCGCACCUUUGUGCAAGCCUGUGAUGCUGGUGUGCCUCCGCUAAGCAGCACUGCAACAGUGAAUGUUAUCAUCCUCGAUCAAAAUGACAACUCACCGGUAAUAGUUUCACCUUCGACACAGCGUGCAUUAUCAACAGUGGAAUUUGUGCCCCGAGCAGCGAGUAUUGGCUACUUGGUCACCAAAAUAAUAGCAACUGAUGCGGAUUCCGGGCAAAACGCACGGCUGUCUUAUCAGAUGAGAAAAGCUACCGAUCCCAGUUUGUUUAACAUUGCGAAAGAUUCAGGUGAAAUUAGAACAACGCGCAAAAUUCUGGAGUUGGACGCUACUUCGCAUACGCUCCUAAUCUUGGUUGUGGACAAUGGACAGCCAAUCCUCUCCAGCACGGUUACAAUUAAUAUUACAGUUUUAGAGAAUAUCACUGAAACAGUGACCGAGGCCGCUAACUUCUGGAGCAGUUCUGAACACUUCACUAAUUUAAAUCUUUAUUUUAUAAUCAUUUUCAGUUGCACUUCAGUUCUCUUUCUUGUGAUUAUCCUUCUACUAAUUGGCUUGAAAUGCAGGCAAAAUACGAACACCUUCCAAGGCUAUAAUUCUUCCACUUGUGCUGAUUCAAACUAUACGUUUAAUAGAACACCUGCAAUGGAGGAAACUUUACGCUAUCCUGGAACUGGUCGUUUGGUCCGCGUGACAGAUUCACACCAUUACUCUGUGUGUCUGUCUCCAGAAUCAGCUAAGAGUGAAUUUCUCUUUUUGAAACCACGCAGCACCCCAACGUCUCAGGUUCAAGGAAUAAUGGCGAAUUCGGCGCUCAACAACAUUACGUUCAGCGGCGUUAUUGUCGCGAUUCUGGGAUGUAUAACCAGUCCGAUUCUAGGACAAAUUCGCUAUUCUAUUCCCGAGGAAACGGAGAGAGGGACCUUUGUUGGAAAUAUCGCAGAAGAUUUGAGAUUAAAUGUACCGCAACUGUCCGAUCGUAAAUUGCGACUAACCUCAGAUGAUGGCGGACAACACAUGAAGGUAAAUUUAGAUAACGGGAUUUUGUCUGUUCGUGAAAGAAUCGAUCGGGAGGUUCUUUGUGGACAAGCAACGAUGUGUACAAUUCAUUUUGAAAUAAUACUCGAAAAUCCCGUGGUCGUGUAUCGUGGGGAAGUAGAGAUUCUCGACAUAAAUGAUAAUGCUCCCACUUUCCGAGAGGACCCCAUUGUCUUACAGAUAGCUGAAAAUAUUGCACGCGAGGUACGCUUCCCCCUCGAGAGUGCCGAAGAUUCGGACACUGGAAUAAAUACAGUCGCUGGUUACAAGCUCAGCUCCAACGACUACUUUAAUCUAAAAACGCAGAGAACUGAGUACGGUGUUAUAAAUGCCGAGUUGCUGUUAGAGAAACCAUUGGAUCGAGAGACGCAGUCAGCCUUUCAGCUUGUUCUGACGGCAACUGAUGGGGGAGUCCCACAGAGAUCGGGCACAACUCUGAUUCUCAUCAGCGUAGUGGAUGUCAACGAUAAUCCACCAGUAUUUGAACGCGAAUUAUAUAAGGCCAGUUUAAAGGAAAACUCACCCAAAGGUACAUUGGCUCUGAAAAUCACGGCAACUGAUAUGGACGAAGGGCCGAAUGCUAAACUGACAUAUUCUUUCAGCAAGAUGACAGCACCAAGGCUUCUUCAAUUGUUCAGCUUAAACCCCAGUACUGGUGAGAUUCAGGUUGAAGGGGAACUAGAUUACGAAGAAGCGUCCAGUUAUUCCCUGAAUGUUCAAGCUACGGACGACGGAGUACCUGCAAUAACAGGACACUCCAAAAUUUUCAUCACGAUAAUUGAUGUGAAUGACAACGCACCCGAGAUAAAAAUGACAUCGUUUACGAGCAAAAUUCCAGAAAACGCUCCACUGGGAUCGUUAAUAAUUUUGAUCAAUGUUAUUGAUCGCGAUUCUGGAGAAAAUGGAAAAUUUCACUGUGACAUCCCAAAGAAUGUCCCUUUUAGACUUCGAGCAUCAUCGCAAAACCAUUAUGAGUUGAUUACCAGUGGACCGUUAGACUGUGAAAUUGUCGCUGAGUAUAAAAUAACCUUUGUAGCCCGGGACUUAGGAUCGCCUUCCCUGUCAAAAAAUAAAACGAUCCAGAUUUUAAUAUCAGACGUGAAUGAUAACGCCCCACGGUUUGAUGCAUCGUCUUACAAUAUCUAUGUGAUGGAGAAUAAUACUCCAGGUAGUUCUAUUUUCGAGGUAACGGCAAAGGAUUAUGAUAAAGAUCAGAAUUCCCAAGUAUCGUACUGCUUUCUGGAGGAUCUUAACCCGGCCUCUCCAUUUUCCAGUUACCUCAGCAUAAACUCGAUGAAUGGCACUAUUUACGCGUUGCACUCUUUUGACUAUGAGGAACUUAAACAUUUCCAGCUGCGUGUUCAAGCUCAUGACGCUGGAGUGCCCCCUCUGAGCAGCACUGCUACAGUGAAUGUGAUCAUUCUGGAUCAAAAUGACAACGCACCAGUGAUUGUUUCACCCUUAGCACAGAGCGGAUCAGCAGCUGUCGACAUCCUGCCCCAUUCAGCGGCCCAGGGGUACUUGGUGACUAAGAUAGUGGCGACUGAUGCGGAUUCUGGUCAGAACGCACGUCUCUCCUAUCAGUUAAUAAAAGCUACCGAUUCGACGUUGUUUAAUAUUGGACCACAUUCUGGCGAAAUCAGAACAGCGCGCAAUAUUUUGCAGUCCGAUGUAACCACACAAACUCUCUUCUUCUUGGUAAAGGACAAUGGACAGCCAAGCCUCUCCAGUACGAUUACAAUGCACAUUACUGUUUUGGAGAAUAUCACUGAAAAAGUGACUGAGUCUAGUAAUUUACCGAGAAAUACCGAAUAUUUCACCGAUUUCAACAUGUAUUUAAUAAUCAUUUUUGGUUGCACUUCCGGUCUCUUUCUUGUGGUUAUCCUUCUGCUAAUUAGCCUGAAAUGCAAGCAGGACAGACAUAUCUCCCAAACAUAUUAUUCUUCCGGUUGUGGAGAUACGUGCAAUCGGAGAGCUGCAAUGGAGGAAACUUUACGUUAUCCUGGGACUGGUCGUAUAUUUCACGAACCAGAUGCGCACCAUUACUCAGUCUGCUUGUCUCCAGAAUCAGCAAAGAGCGAUUUUCUCUUUUUGAAGCCAUGCCAAGUGCCCACGUCUCGGGCCUAAUGCUAAAGUACAUUGAACCAGUUACAUCACAAUUUGCUUACUGGCGAACAUGUGUGGAUGUUUAUAAGCGAUGUUUUAAUUGAAUAUUUUCUUUUUGUAUAUGUCUCUGGUACUGAAAUGCGUAUUGGUCAAAAACAAAUUCUGCAGAAUCUGACAUCCAAGCGUCUGAAUCCAGUAAUUGUUCCAGUAAACCAGUAAUUUUGUAGAUUGAAGUCUCCUACUUUUCACGGAACACCCUACCAAAAUGUACAGGUUUGGAGUCAACCAUUGUAAGAACUCAUUGUCUAGACCCAGUUAACACACUUCAACAUUUAACCACUAGGAGGAACAUUUGUCAAAUAGUACGGAGCCGCAGCUUCGAUAUUCACCCAGAGUAUUUGUGAAAAUCCCGAAAGUGGUACCAAUAUGUACGUACGUAUAAUAAACAUAUAACUGCUAAGCUAUUAAGUCCGUUUGUUAAUGAUAAUAAGAAUAGUUGUCGAAAUUAUAGUUUGCAUUGUACACGUACAUUACCAGAAUUAAA